UGGUUCAUUUCAUGGCCCAAGCUUGAAGUCUAACUCUAACCCAACCCUCACCUUCACUUCAUUUCACUCUCAAUCUCACACCCGACAGCUUUCUUCUCCUUAAACUCCAGAGCCUCUCACUUCGUCUGCACGCUGAUCCGUCGCGCCACCACACGAAUAUCCACCUCAAACCUUCUCCUGUCAACAACUCCCAAGCAACCUCCAAAAUGGCCUGCGGAUCCUCCAAGUGCCUCUACGACCGAAACGGUCCUGGCAGCGCCGCCACUUCAAUCGCCGAAUCCAUCAUCAAGCCCUCCGAGGCCACAGGCACCAAGACCAAGUGCAUCGAAUGCGGUGACUACGAAUGCUGCUGCAUCCCUUGCACUAUCCUGUAAAGAGGCAUUCUUCACUUUACAGAAUAACAUGGAAUUCGGGAGUUUUAUACGGAAAUGCUGUCGUUUCUGGCGGCGCAUACUUGAAAGGACUAUGAAGAAUGAACUACGAUGCUAUGGAAAGGCUAGUCGAUGUGAUAAUAACCUUAUAAAUUAAAUACAAUAACAAAAAGAUUCAACA